AUGUGUGUCGAACUCGCAGGAAAAAAGGAGGAGGAAAAGCCCGCUGUAAGGGUCGGCGUCUCCACCGUCCUCAUGAAUGACAAGGGGGAAUUCCUCAUGGGCAAGCGUAUUGGCAGCCAUGGCGCGAACACUUGGCAGUUCCCUGGAGGCCACAUCGACCAUGGCGAGGCCAUAGAAACUUGUGCCGUGCGAGAGAUGAAGGAGGAGACGGACCUCGACGCCGAGUUCAAGGGCAUAUUCGCCGUAACGAAUGAUGUCUUUGUCAAGGAGAACAAGCACUACAUCACGCUCUUCUCCCUGUGCGCCCUGAAGGAUACCAACGCUGUGCCAGUGCUCAUGGAGCCACACAAGUGUGAGGGAUGGUUCUGGAAGUCAUGGGAGGACGUGGUGAAGAUUUACGACGCAGGGACGUCGGGUGCCUCGCCCGAGAGACUGUUCCUGCCUAUAGAAAACCUGAUCAAGCAGACGCGCAACAUCCACGACCUGCUUCCGAGGAAGGGAGAAGUGUCUGAGCUUGAAGCGUAA